CGACGCGUCGACAUGAGCGGUCAGUUUGAGGAAGAUAUCCACGACCGGGGCGAGCGGAAGAGCAGUAAAUCCCCCACGCUGCUCUCCUCCUACUGUAUAGACAGUAUUCUGGGUCGCCGGAGUCCGUGUAAAGUCAGGCUGAUAGGGGGGCAAAGUUUGGCUGGUCUGCCCGGCAGAGGCGAGCUCGACAAGUCGGUUGAAGGUCCAACGAAAGACCCCCUGUCUCUCGACACCGACAUGCACCUGCCGCCCAAGCUCCGACGGCUUUACGGACCGGGGGGGAAGUACCUUCACGAUCACGGAGAGAAGUUGGACAGGGAGCGGCUCCUCCUGGACCAAGCCUGCGACAGCCUUAAAAUCAGCCAGGCGCCGCAGGUGAGCAUCAGCCGCAGCAAAUCCUACCGGGAGAAUGCGUCCCUGAGCCGGGGAGAGGGCGACCAGAGUCCCGGGGAAGGCUCGGAGGACGGCAGCCUAGGGCUGGUGGAGCUCGGCCCGCUGAAGUUUGAGGAGGACACAGGGAAAGAGGAGGAGACCUGCGGGGACGCGGCUGCUCUUUCCCCGAAGGACGAAGAGAGGGAAAGCUUGAAUGCCGGGGAUGGGGACGUGAGGGACGGGGAGGACAGUGUGUGUCUGUCGGCGGGCAGUGACUCGGAGGAAGGGAUGCUGAAACGGAAGCAGAGAAGAUACAGGACUACGUUCACCAGUUACCAGCUAGAGGAGCUGGAGAGAGCUUUCCAGAAGACACACUACCCCGACGUGUUCACCAGAGAAGAGCUCGCAAUGCGUCUGGAUCUCACUGAGGCCCGCGUGCAAGUGUGGUUUCAGAACCGCAGAGCCAAAUGGAGGAAGCGUGAGAAGGCCGGGGUGCAGGCCCACCCGUCUGGCCUGCCGUUCCCAGGCCCUCUCGCAGCAGCCCACCCUCUCAGCCACUACCUGGAGGGAGGGCCCUUCCCUCCCCACCCUCAUCCUGCCUUGGAGUCUGCCUGGACGGCUGCAGCAGCUGCUGCAGCUGCCUUCCCAGGACUGGCCCCCCCUCCCCACAAUGGCUCUGCCCCACCUCUGGCCACUCCGCUCGGCCUGGGCACCUUCCUGGGCACGGCUGCCAUGUUUCGCCACCCUGCCUUCAUUGGACCCACUUUUGGCAGGCUCUUCUCCAGUAUGGGUCCGCUGACCAGUGCUUCCACCGCCGCAGCUCUUCUCCGUCAGCCCGCCCCUCCAGUGGAGAAUCCCUCCCACCCGGGACCUGUCCUGCCUGACCCUUCCUCUUCUUCCUCCUCCUCCUCCUCCUCAGCUGCAGCAGACCGAAGGGCCUCCAGUAUCGCCGCACUGCGCCUCAAGGCCAAGGAACACUCGGCUCAGCUCACCCAGCUCAACAUCCUGCCCACUGGAGCCCCAGGGAAGGAGGUGUGCUGAACACUCCACCCCAGCUAGGCCUCUCUCUCCUGGGCUUGUCCCAUUCCAUGCACCCCACCCCACACCUUCAUACCUCCGGAGGCUGGAGCAGUAAGCUCACCCUGAUGUCCCCCUGCUCACCCCCCCUGAUACCUCAUCUUUCCCCAACAAAAUAGCACAACCAAAUUCAAAGAGCACUGGUUAACUAUAGUGUGUGUGUGUGUGUGUGUAUGUGUGGGUGUGUGUGAGAGAGAGAGUGACAGAAAGCAGUUAAUCGCCUAAUUACAACUACUGUAAGAGUAAAACUAAAUGCUAUUGUCAUAUUGAAUAUUUCACACACACACACACACACACACACACACACACACACACACAUCUCCCUGAGU